UUUUUUACAUAUUCUUUCUUUGCAUUAAAAAAAAGAAGCAUAGGGUCAAAAUGCAAGGUGAGCCAUGAUACACUGCACAGUACAGUGUCUUUAUAAUUCUUGAUUAUUAUGAAAAGAAAAUCUAUACGGAAAAAAGAACCAAGCUCCGCUUCUUUAUGUAAUAACACUCAGAGUGGAAAAAAACAUGGUUAUUCGCUUAACACGCAGAAAAAACAGACAACUUGUUGCAGCAUGCCUUUAAAUCUGAAAAUGCCCCAUCUCACUUACAUUACAAAAGGCCUUUUCACUAGAACGCGCCCUAUUGGACAACAGAGCUGUCAAUCAAUUCCAGACAGCCCGGUUUUCCUCCACUGGAAGGAAACUCGCAGCACGAUCAUUGGUCGAAUCCGCUGAUGACGCACGCGUAUACCUCGUCGCGAUUGGACCGGGGGGGGGCGCUGCAGGGUUCCACGGCCGGCCCGUUGAAAUCACGGGCCUCGCAGCGCACUCCCGCCUGCAGCCGGAUGACGCAGGGGUCACGUGUUGUUUGUGCCGCGGUCCGUGGAGAUGUGUGUACGGAGGGAGCGCGGGGCGGGUUGGCAGCGCCGCUAGAAUCUCGAAACGGGUAAUGUGGUCAUGUUGCAGUGGCUUGGCUUGGAUCCUUGUUUCGUUGGCUGCGUGUUCUUGAGGCGGCUCACAGGAGCGCACCAUCGCGAAUAAUAAACUGCUCCGCUGCCCGGAGGAGAACACGACCGACCGACACCCCCCUCCUCUGCUUCUCUUCUGUACUUCCCUCCCUCUCUUCCUCUACCUCCCCAAACAAGAAUGGGGUCUCAGAGCGCAGCGCCAAGGCGAAGAUAAACUCGACCUCGCGUUCACGAAAGAAAAAUGGCAAAUCUUGCGAAUUAUCCAGACGCCAACGCCGCCGUGCUGAUACUGGAAGCGCAGCAGAGGACCGCCGCAGCCAAAGCUCCAAACGGCGACCGCUCUUCCGGGGAUCCCCCUUCUUCCCCGCGGAACGGCGGCGCUCGCUGCUAUCAACACCAGCAGCAGCAGCUGCAGGCUGCGCCGCUAAACGCACAUCAGCCGCCGCAAGACCACCACCACCAUCAUCACCAUCAUCACCACCACCACCAUGCUGAUCACGAAAACUAUCAGCAGUCUCCGGCGCGAAAAAGCCUCUUGUCGUCUUUUAAACCAGCACAUGAGGAUUCUGCUGCUACGAGCCACACACAGGCUACCUCUACUCCCACUGCCAUGUCUUUUAACCCCGCCGCUGCCGCUGCUGCCGCCGCCUCCGCCGCUGCUGCUGCUGCUGCUCCAGACGGACUGGACGACAUUGUUAAGUGCGGUUACCUGAGAAAGCAGAAACACGGCCAUAAGAGGUUUUUCGUCUUACGCGCGGCGAGUCGUUCAGCACCGAGCCGCCUGGAGUAUUAUGAUAGCGAGAAGAAGUUUCGGAGCAGCCUUCGAUCCGCUGCCGCUUCAUCAACCGGCGCAGCUGCUUCUUCAUCUUCAUCUUCAUCCAGCGCUUCUCCUCCCAAACGCGUGAUUUAUCUCUACCAGUGUUUCACUGUAAACAAAAGGGCGGAUUCCAAGAACAAGCACCUCAUAGCUCUUUAUACCAAGGACGAAUACUUCGCGAUCGUGGCCGAGAAUGAGCAAGAGCAAGAAGACUGGUAUUUGGCUCUCAGCGAACUGAUGAGUGAAGGCAAAAAAGGCCACGCGGAGGCCGACGAGCUCGACGACGCCUACGGUACGGUAACUCCAGGCACCGUCUUCAAAGAGGUUUGGCAGGUAAACGUGAAACCGAAGGGCCUUGGGCAUACUAAGAAUCUUACGGGUGUGUACAGACUGUGUCUCUCUCCUAAAAGCAUUCACCUAGUCAAACUAAACUCUGAGACCCCGUGCGUAAACCUGCAGCUGAUGAACAUCAGACGAUGUGGCCACUCUGAAAGCUUUUUCUUCAUAGAGGUCGGGCGCUCCUCUUCGAUUGGUCCGGGUGAGUUAUGGAUGCAGGUGGACGAUUCUGUAGUGGCUCAGAGCAUGCACGAAACCAUUUUAGAUACCAUGAAAGCUCUAAAAGCCUACGCCGAGUUUAGGCCGAGGAGUAAAAGCCAGUCGUCAGGCUCCAACCCUAUGGCUUUCAUGACCACACGUCGCCACCUGGGAAACCUCCCACCCAGCCAGACUGGACUUCAGAGAAGGUCUCGGGCCGAGUCUGUGGUCGGCACACCACCUAGCAGUAAGAGCAGCGGUGCAAGCGGAUACAGGUUUCGCACCUCCAGUGAAGGUGAAGGCACCAUGAACCGUCCAUUUCGGUCAGUCACUGGCAGUCUGAUCCACCUCAAUACAGCCCGUGCCACUUUGGGUAGACAGGAGAGCAGUGGUGGAACUGGGAGCCGAUAUGUACGAGCCCCGCCAGGAGCCACCUACCAUGCACGGUCUGCCUCACUUCCUGUGUCUCACUUCCCUUCCACCACUAGUCCUGUCAGUAUGUCGAGUAGCAGCGGUCAUGGUUCUGUCACCGAUACCAAUACACGGCCUUCCAGCGCUUCCAUCUGUGGUUCUCCCAGUGAUGGGGGCUUCAACUCCUCGGAAGAAUAUGGUUCCAGCCCUGGAGACUUCCGCUACUUUAGAGUACGCAGCAACACACCUGACUCACUGAGCAACACCCCACCCAUCCGGGAAGAGCACUGCCUCAGUGACUACAUGGCUAUGGGAUGGAGCCGAGAUAUGUUCAGUGGGAGUGCUGGGGAGGCGUCUCGUGAUGAAACUGCUGAUGAAGAUUCACGGUCGUUCAGGAGGCGCACUCCUUCAUUUUCCAGACAGGUCGGAGCUAGCAGUGCAGGCGGAGUAACUGUUUACCAGAAGAUGACUCAGACUAACUUCUCGCUGGACGAGGCUGUAUCUGAGGGAAACUUCCUGGGCAGCAAUGGCCAGCUUGCUUCUAUCUCUUCAUCUCUUCGUUCUGAUUACAGCUCCAGUUCCGAACACAGCCAGGACCACCUGCCUGCCCUGCGGGCCGCUGACUCGUUUAAAGAUGAUGGAUACAUGCCAAUGAUGGCUGGUGUGGUGCCUACUUCACGAGACACCGAUUACAUGCCUAUGCAACCCAGUCCUCUUGUUUGUGCCUCUCCACAAGUCCAUAAUGAGGCAUCAGCUUCUUCUCAGCACACGGACUCACAAGGCUACAUGAUGAUGCUCCCGGGUGGAAACGGGGAUGCAGAAUCCCCAAUGCCAGCCAGCCCUCACAUUAGUGGCCGAGGCCUUAGUCACAGAGGUAAUGAGCGUCCUGAAAACGGUGAAUACAUGGAUAUGUCUCAUAACAGGCCCAUGGCAAGCAGACGAAAAUUCUCUAACGACAGUUACUACACACUGAACGCUCCUGAGACACCUAAAUCCUACAGCUCGUAUUUUUCCCUGCCACGAUCGUACAAAACCCCAGCGAAACAUCGAAAGAGCAUGGAGUACGUUCCCAUGAGUUCACCUGCCAAACCUGUCUACAUCUCUCCGAGUACAACACCUGAGCAUAAUGGCUGUAGCGAUAUAGAUUGCCACUCUGCACGUUCAAACCCCCUCCCUUUUAUCCAACGAAGUUUCCAUAGGUCUUUAAAGGCAAGUGAGGCGGUGGAAUGUCCCUCCAGUCCUGGAGAGUACAUUAACAUUGAGUUUGACAACCAGACCACAUAUUCACUCACUACAGAAGACACUCUCACCAGCCAAAGCACCCACCGGCAGGACCGGCACUCUCCCCUUCCUCAGGACUACAUGAGUGUAGAAGUGGACGGCCUUCCACCUAAAAGCCAGUCUUCACGCUCUUCACUGGUGGCUCCUUGGAACCCUCCUACUUACAUACGUUCUAGUGGUGGUGGAAUCACUUUGGGACAACCAGAUAACUACACAGAGAUGAGCUGCAUUCAGGGUGAGGAGCAUAAAAGCCCCACAACCAUGCUGCAACAUCUUAGUGUUUGUGAGCAGAGGUAUCCAAGUUCUAGCACACCUGUUGAGCCGAAGGUCAUCCGAGCGGACCCACAGGGCAGGCGGAGACACAGCUCUGAGACUUUCAACACAUCUACAGAAGUGACAGGAGCAAAAGGUUUAGACAACACUGCCUCAGUGCCUAGUACUGUUUCUCAGGUGGGGGAUAACAAGUGGCAGGGCUCAUCAUCCUUCGACAGCACAUGGAUGUGUGUGGAGAACAAAGCAGCAGGUGAUGCAGAAGAAGCACCAGGACUCUCCUCAGACCGAGCUGAAGCAAGUGCCUCGUUUGUAAGAAGCAGAAGGACUGUGGAACACCAAAAUGGCCUCAACUACAUUGCUUUGGAUCUGAGAGAGGACCAAGGGACUGAAAAUGCCAGCGCUGAACCCCAAAUGCCGGCUCAUGGCGUGCUUCUCCCAGAAAACGGGGAAUACGCCAGCAUAGAUUUCACUAAAUCUGAGCGGAUCAGUGCAGCCUCUAAAGAGUAACGUGUCUGCUUGCUUUGGAGAACUGAGGAGCCAUCGAGAGCCACCUCUGGCCCAUCACACACCCUGCAGGAAGGACCCCAGGGACCUCCACCUCGUUUUCCUCGUCAUGUCCUUGCUUUAAAUUGCGCCUCUUUAAGAGCGCAUUAUCUUCUGGGCUGGUGUUGUUUGAAAUCUGCGCUUUAAUAUUUUUGAACGCUUUUUUUUUUUUUAUGUUUUAUUUUAUUUGUGCAUUAAAGUUAUUAUUUUUGUUGUUCACUGACAUGCAGAGAUCUCAGUACCUUUACUUAGCCGUCUCAUCUACACAGGAACGCAGCAUUUACAGAUUAAGAUGCAGUUGUUUUAAUUUAGAUUUCAGGUACACUUCUUAUGAGUUUUAUCAUCUGUUUUUUUUUUUUCUUUUUCAUUUCCUUUGCUGGACAGACUUACUGUAUGCACAGAUCAGAAUUUUUCAGGGGUUCAACCUGUGAGAGACAUUUACACUUUCGCUUAAAUCUUUACUGCAGCUGUAUGUUUACAAGUGUUAUUCCUGCAAUUUGCUUGCUUUUUUCCUUGAAAAGAAUUUGUCCUCCAGGUACUCUUGCGGUCGUCACGCACUCUGCCGUGUUGUUGAGCUGCGUCGUACCCUACUCUGGGCCCCAGGUGCGACGUGCUGCACAUUCUUCAUGUGUGACAGAGACCAACUGUACUCCCGCAAAUCCUUCACUCCCCCUUUUCUCUCCUCCUUGGUAGGGAGCACACUGCCUCUUCUCCUCAUUACCAAAUAUGCAGGAUUGACAGAAGGGGAGGAGCUGGCUGGAAGAAAAGAGGAAACGUCUAUUCUGGGACUAAACAAAAUGCCAGAUGAGAUCUGCUCCAGUCUCAGAGCACUCACAGGGCCAGCACAGGGUCACGAGCAGCGUUACUAUAACCGACACGAAGGAGACGAGGGUUUAUCGUAGAUCCUCAUAGAGGGUCACAAUAAUUAUGAUAAUAACCAGGCAGCGUGACGUUAAAAUGAAAUUGUCCCAGCGUUAGGAUGCAGAGUUCUAAUCGGUACACUGUUCUCAUGAACGCACUCAAAAGCAACGCACACCAAGACAGCGAGAGAAUAGGAACCAUAAACCUUCUGAGAAAAGAGCUUUUUUUUUGAUUAGUCAGCAGUUUUUCAUUUUUGCCAACUUCUCAGUAUUGUACACAUGCUUUGAGUUAGUACCUCAGUAAAACAUCGUGGCGCAGGUUCAAUGAUCAAUCUCUUGCCUUACAAUUGUAAUUUAUUGUAGUCUGUCAACCUUUUUUUUUUUUUGAAAGAAAAUUAUAAAGAGUGAUAAAAAACAGCAUAUGGUACUUUAUCUCCGGCUUCAAAUUGAGGCGUUUUUGGCUUAAAGGGAAGAAAUCACGCUUCUUGUGUUUAUUUCCGUAUGUUUGAUAUAAACAAACCAAAAUGUGAAGCAUUUCACUUGAUGCUUGUGCUGAACAAAAAAAACCCACAUUAUUUUCAUGGUAUGUUGUACAAUGGUUGGUACUUAAAGUAAAAAAAAAAAUAUGUGAAUGUAACCUAUUAAAACUCAAGUCCAUGAUUAUUUCAGUCCCUUCUGGUUAAGGGAUGUUUCCUCUCGUCCCCCCAUUUUGUAUCAGAUCCAUGUCUUAGAAAGCACAGGCCAUAGCGAUGGACUGACCUUUAAAGAAAACGGGGCAUGUUUCAACUCAGUGUUGUCUUUUUAUUUUUUUUUUUUUUUAAGAUUAAAAAAAUAAGUGGAAUUGAAAUGUGGCAUGAAACACUGCUCUUGAUUUCUUCAGUCCUGUUUUUAGGUACAAUACAGAGACAUUCAUGACUGAAAAAGCUACUUUGGCACUCUAUAUAUAUAUAUAUAUAUAUAUAUAUAUAUAUAUAUAUAUAUAUAUAUAUAUAUAUAUAUAUAUAUAUAUAUAAAAUACAAAACACUGCCUCCAAGCAAACAACAUCAAGUUCAUUAAAAAAAAGAUCUGGCAAAAGCUGCUGUUUAUAUUUCUUUGUUUGUUUAAAUGGUUUUACUGGUACUGUUUUUGCAAUUGUAUUGUUUUCUGAGAGAUUACAAUUAAAAUGCAACGUGUUUUAAAUGAUGAUAUGCACAGAUGCACAGUGAUAUUCAGCAUUAAUAUGCAAGUUUAAUUCAGUUUUCUUUUCCUUAUUAACAUCUAGUGUAAAGACUUGAUCUUGGAAUUCUUUCAAAUUGGAAAUUUUUCAGAUUCUCAAAGAUUGGGGAAGUCGUGCUCCCAGACAAAUCCCCCCCCCUCCCCCCAAGCCCUCUUAGUGUCGAGGUAUUUUUGCAGUUUUGUAAAAUGUAUUUUGUUACAGUUGUAUUUUAUUUUGCUGCUGCUAAUUAAAAAAAAAAGGGAAAAUUGGGCGAUUGUGAUCUCGUUGAUUAAAGUGAUUACCAUAGUGAUUACAGUGAUGAUGACACACUGUCAUGGGAUCUGCUUUUGGUUAAUGAAAUUUGAAUGCUUUUGCUGGCAGAGUUGCGUUCAGAUCCCGAGGUUUAAUCCUCUUGCGUUUGUUUUACUCUUUUUCGCUUUUUUCCCCAUGUUUUUUGCUCAUGGAGUCUGAAAGGGAAAAACAAGAGGAUGGAAAAAAAAUAUAUAUUAACAACCAUUCAUGGCUGUUUCUGCUGUACAUAGUGUUGUUUUAUUUCAUGUUGACAUUUUUCUCCCCCCAGUCUUUUUUCCUCUGGCUGGAAAAGGAGAAUGGUCGCAGAUUUUGGAGCAUUACAUAGUGUUUAUAUUUAUCAAACUUUUUGCUUUGAAUAGAGCUAUUGCAAUAAAAUGUGGUAAUGUAA